AUGGCGAACACUUCCCUUCACAACGCCUACAUCCAGAAAUGCAUCUCCCUCGCAGAGCAAUCCCCUCCUCGACCGACCAAUUUUCGCGUCGGCGCACUCCUUCUCUCCCGUAAGGAUGGAGACUCCACUGGAACCGACGACCGGAUCCUUUCAACCGGAUACACAAUGGAGCUGGCAGGGAACACACACGCCGAGCAAUGCUGCUUCUCCAACUACGCCUCCGUACACAGAGUUCGCGAUGACGAAGUAUCCACCGUGUUGCCCGUCGAGGCAGGCCGGAAGCUCAUCAUGUACGUGACAAUGGAGCCGUGCGGGAAGCGACUAUCGGGGAACACGCCGUGCGUGGAGCGCAUCACGAAGACGCGGGAAGGUGGCCGGGCGGGCAUCCACAAGGUCUAUUUCGGGGUGAAGGAGCCUGGCACUUUUGUCGGGGAGUCUGAGGGGUGUAAAAUGUUGACCGCGGCGGGGAUUGAGUGGGAACAUGUGCCUGGUUUCGAGCGGGAGAUUUUGUCGGUUGCAUUUGCGGGUCAUGAGAAUUCGGAGGAUGAGGUUAAGGCUGCGCUGGGUGAGAAGGGGACUAAUGUUGAUGAUAUUAGUGCGGAGGAGAGGCCGAGACAGGAGCAGGCUCCGAGGAAUCCGAAGAAGAGGAUGAUGGAAGGCGAGACGAUGAUCUAUUAG